CCCCCACACAGUAAACCCUUUAAAUAGAGCUCCUCUCCGGGUCUUCGGCCUCGGUGAUUGCUUCCCCGCUGCCCGUCUUCACAAGUUCUCCUCGACCCGAAACCAAGCCUUCGAUCAGUAAAGAUGGAGCGUACCUUCGUUGCUGUGAAGCCCGAUGGCGUCCAGAGAGGACUGUGCGGCGAGAUCAUCAAGCGCUUCGAGCAGAGAGGCUUCAAGCUGGUGGCUGCCAAAUUCCUGCAGGCCUCUGAGGACCACAUGAAGCAGCACUACCUGGACCUGAAGGACAUGCCUUUCUAUGCUGGACUCUGCAAAUACAUGUCCUCUGGACCCGUCCUCGCCAUGGUGUGGGAGGGACAGGACAUUGUGAAGCUGGGCAGGAUGAUGCUGGGUGAGACCAACCCCGCUGCAUCCUUGCCCGGCAGCAUCCGUGGUGACCUGUGCAUCAACAUCGGCAGGAACAUCAUCCACGGCAGCGACACCGUGGCGAACGCCAAGACUGAGAUCGACCUGUGGUUCAAGGCCGAGGAGUUCGUCAACUACACCCCCGCCGCCCAGCCUUGGCUGUACGAGUAAACUGGCCAAUCAUCAACCAGUAAACACCCACCCCACCCCACCCCACCCCACCCCCAUCACUCCGGUCUUCCCUGUAGUCGAUCCUCUGACUUGGUCUUCACUAAUCGACAUGUAGCACUUCUCAAUAAAGUCUCAUGUUAACACCACAAA